UGUUAACGUUGAAGACAUAUAUAAAGCUUAUGAAAUAAUCGAUCGAGCAGGUGAUUAUAACGAAGAGGUUAAGAAAUCAUACAAGACAAUAAUUAAUGGUGCGCACGGAGAAAGUAAUUGCAAGCGUCUUGCCGCCCAAUUUAUUCCACGAUUUUUUGGAAAAUUUCCUGAAUUUCACGAGAUGGCUAUCGAUGCCCUAUUUGAUCUCUGUGAAGACACAGACUUGAAUGUGCGAUUAACUGUUAUAAAAUAUUUACCUAAUGUUGUCAAAGAAUCUGACAAAGUUGCGGUGCGGAUUGCUGAUGCUCUGGUGCAGUUACUUCAAAAUGAGACUGCUCAAGAAAUUGCUGCUGUGAAAAAAGCUCUCGAACAAGUUAUUCGUUUAUCGCCACGUGAUUCUAUUGUUGCGAUCUUUCAACAGUCAUUAAAGGGUUCACAUGAAGUGCGGCAUCGAACGAUUAAUUUUUUGUCGAAUGACUUGAACCGCUUCAAAGAAGAGUUAUUUGAGAAAGGGGAGGAUGUUGAAACUUGUUUUGCCAAUGAAGUGAAGAAAGCACUCCAUGAUGCUAAUAUUUCAGAAUGCGAGAUAUUUAUUAAAAUGCUUCUACCGUUAAAAAUGUAUCGAAUUGAAAAUAAAGAUAAUUUGAAAGAAUUGGUUAAUGUAUUAAUCAACUCGAUCGCUACAGGAGACGAAAAGUUCGACCCUACAGAUCAUAACAAAGUGCAAAAGCUUCUAUUGUGUGGGAAAACUCUUAUUCCAUAUUUUGAGAAAGGUGUAAAGAGCACAUCAUUCCUUGCCUUCCUUGCGAACAAAAUUCUGCCAAAGGAGAUAUAUUCCAAACUACAGGAACGACACCAGAAAAUGAUUCUAAGAUUUUUAGCGGAGUGUAUUAGUGGAAAGCACAAUGAAGCGACGAUCAAAAAUGCUGCACCACUAGUAAAAGAGUUAUUUAUUAAUGAAAUACCACCCCCUGGAGACGAUACUGAAGUAGAGCCAAAAUUGGAUUUGCCGAGGGUCGAAUACAUUGUUUUUGCUUUAUAUUGCAUUGCUUCCAAGAUUCCAGAAAUAGUUGAAGGACAGGAAAUGAUUUCACGGUUCCGAAACCUUUACGCCAUUGCUAUAAAAUGUAUCUCACGUAUUAAACAAGGAUUGAAGGAUUUACAAAAGCGUGAGUCAAAAGAUCAGGAAACAUUGGAGAAAAUCAAAAAAGCGGAAAGUGGCCAAAUAGUAACUAAUAACAUACUUACCAUGAUAAAGGAGUUGAUGAAGCCCGUAAAAGCUAGACAUUUCACCAAAAUCGUACAUUCUUGGAGUACAUCGCAAUCAAAUUUAGUAGUAGCACCCCCAUCGACACCAGUAAAACGAACAGCUGAUGCUGAUUCUUCAACUGAGACACUAACUAAUAAAAAGCGAAUGAUAGAAAUUUUACGAUCUCAAAUGGUUCAGAAACCCAAUUCCUCUCAAAAUACGAAAUCUUCUCGUGCCGGUCAGAUUCCAAAUCGUCAACAAUUCAAUAAAGAUAUUCCUAGAAUUGGUGGUGUG